UGAUUGUGAGCUGUCAAGAAGUGGCAAAAGUCAAAACGAGAGCUUGUGUUCAUCAUCACGCUUCAAAAUAAUAAAAGAAGUGAAGAUUUUACAAGUUACCUGAUAAUUUUAGUCUUUUUUAAUGAAUAUUUAAUAAGAGUACGCAAUGUUGAACAUACAAAAUUAUGGAAGUAGUUCAGAGGAAGAGGACAGUGACAAAGAAACUGCAAAACAGAACAGUAACGAGAAUUUGUUGACGCAUUUAAAACCUGUUGAUCCCAAUUUAUCAGUGGCGAAGACGAUGCAAAUAUGCGCCGCACCGGUGGUUAUGCCUACGAACAAUGAUGACACUAGAGUGUUAAUACCAGCAAACCAAGAACUAAUGCACAAUCCAAAGUAUGAAGAACUAUUUGCACCAACGUUUGGUCCAGAGAAUCCUUUCCAAACCCAACAGAUGAAAGCAAACAGAAAUAUGCUCUCAGGCUAUGUGGAGAAGGCUCAUAUUAGUGAUUUUCAGUUCGAGAACCAAAGGCGGACAUUCACAAGUUAUGGGUAUGCUAUGGAUCCGUCUACGAAUGGAGAAAGUGCUGAAGGGGAUAGUUUAGUUGUAUCAGCCACAGUAGUGCCAGCUGAAAGUUCAGAGGGCAAGUCUGUAUUCGAAACAAUAAAGAAAAGGCCAUUAGAUAAAAAGAAGCGGCACAAAAAUGAUAAUCCAGAAGACAUCACAGGAUUUUUGGGUCCUUGGGGAGGAUAUGUAGGAGAACAAAGAAUUAUGAAACCAGAAGGCGAUGAAGCCAAGGAAUUGGAGGAGAUAGUGGCCAAGAGACAGAAGAAGGGCAAGGUGGAUGAUGACAAACCUUUGGAGGAGAAAUCUAUAUUCCACUUGGACAAAGCGACGGACUACCAAGGUCGGUCGUGGCUGAUGGCUCCUCGCUCGGAGACGCAGCUGCGCAGCGACACGCCGCCUGACAAGUGCUUCCUGCCUAAGGCGCACAUCUUCACGUGGCGCGGUCACACGAAGGGCGUGGCGGCGGCGCGCUGGUUCCCGCGCACCGCACACCUCAUGCUGUCCGCCGGCAUGGACUGCAGGGUCAAGAUAUGGGAGGUGUACGGAGAUCGUCGCUGUACGAGAACAUACUUUGGCCAUCGGCAGGCGGUCAGGGAUGUUAACUUUAACAAUUGCGGGGAACAGUUUGUAUCUGCAGCGUACGACAGGUACAUAAAGCUAUGGGACACAGAGACGGGCGAGUGCAUAUCCCGGUUCACUUCCCGGAAGAUCCCGUACUGCGCCAAGUUUCAUCCCGAUGAGGAUAAGCAGCAUCUAUUCGUCGCGGGCACGUCUGAUAAGAAGAUUAUAUGUUGGGACAUCAGGAGCGGCGAGAUAGUCCAAGAGUACGACAGGCAUCUCGGCGCCGUCAACACCAUCACCUUCGUCGACGAGAACAGAAGAUUCGUCACCACCUCCGACGACAAGAGUCUCAGGGUUUGGGAGUGGGACAUCCCAGUGGACAUGAAGUACAUCGCUGACCCGUCAAUGCACUCGCUCCCAGCAGUGACUGCUUCGCCGAACGGCAAGUGGCUGGCGUGCCAGUCGCUCGACAACAAAGUGAUAGUGUUCAGCGCGCUGAACAGGUUCAAGCUGAACAGGAAGAAGACCUUCACGGGACACAUGGUGGCCGGAUAUGCGUGUUCUGUUGACUUCUCGCCUGAUAUGAGUUAUCUGGUGUCGGGCGACGCAGACGGCAAAUGCUACAUCUGGGACUGGAAGACCACCAAGCUGUACAAGAAGUGGAAGGCGCACGACGGCGUGUGCAUCACCGCGCUGUGGCACCCGCACGAGCCGAGCAAACUGCUCACCGCCGGCUGGGACGGGGUCAUCAAGUACUGGGACUAAUAAAACAAUACAUCCAUU